CUUGAGCUUGCGGAUUGACACGGCAACAAGCCACUCCGUUUGGAACGAUUGGACCCCUUCGUCACUUCAAGAAACGGAAGGAGAUUCCUUUUCAAGAAGCUGAUUCAAAUGGCUUCCCGUUACGAGUCGAUGUCCGGACAAGCUUGGCACGACGAACUGCAAAGCUUUCUUCCACAUGCACUGGAUUGUGUGGACCCCAACUGCUUUCUACCUCUCUGUGUCAACUUAAAACUUACGUUACGACACGCACAAGACUGUAAACAGGCAGACAACUGUACGAUUUGUCAGGGGAUAGCGUCUCUCGCCUCAAGUCAUUCCAAUUCUUGUAGAGACUACUACUGUCGUGUGCCAUUUUGCAUGGAGGCUAAAGUGACGGCACAACAACAGGUACUCAUGGAUGAAUUAGGAAAAGUGUUCCACGUAGUACUGGACAGCCAAGAAGAUGGUUCCAUUCAUCAAUUGCAAGAUACAAAAGAAGAAUGGAGACGAAACGAAGUCUCCAGAAUACACAGUGAUUCUCGUUGCAUGGAAGUUGGAAGCAGUGGAACAUCAGCACCAGUUGAACUGAACGAUGGAUCCAGUGGAAGCACUUCAGCUGCACAGGGGCCAAUGUCAAUUUCAAGUUACCUUCAACCGGAAACCAAAAAUUCUACUCAAGUCUCUGACUCGGUAGCGCCGAUCCUGCCAGAAUUCAAAGAACUCUCGUCUACCGUGCAACAACCAAAACGUCCUCAGUCUGGCCUCCAUGAGAGUUUGCAUGGAAAGUACAUCUCAACUUGUACGUUGGAACAGGUGCCAUUCACAAAGGAAAUUUGUCCGGUAAAAAGCCAACCUCGGCCAGCCCCUAAAAGGAAAUGCGAGACCAUAACUAUUUUCACUGGCGAAUCAGCUCCUCCACCGGCCAAAGUUACUCGAGGUGUCUCUGUUGGUUUUAAAUCACAGAAAGAUGAUGGUCCUGAGAUCGAAAUUAUAGGAAUAAAAUCACCCGGGCUACUAGCCAACCCAUUUAAAGGAAAGGCCUCGCCGAACGACACCAACCGUCGCAAGGUGAAGUCCAGCAAAGCUGCGUUCUCGCAAAGAGUACCUUUGAGGAAUGCUGCCAAGAAACAGAAUGAAAGGGCGGAUUCAAUGACACAUCAGUGCCACUUUACUGAAAGGAGUACUCCACCAAAGAAAGCCCCUUCUUUCAAGCCUACAACAGGUUUGCAAUAUUCAAAAGUUUCCGCCAAGAGUCGCUUCACUUUCUCGGAUCCCUCUCAGACUGAUUUUCAUGAAGCCUGUCAGGAUGAAGGUCAAGUAAGCAAUGAUUUGGUACAAGAUUUUCUCGAAGAGAUGUUCUCGACACCACCACCAUCUCCAACAUUCGAGAUGUGGCUGGGAGAGAACGUUGGAUCAAAAGAAAAUUCCUCAGCAUUGAAGGUUGUCCUCUUGGAAACUUUAUUCCAACUGUUUGGAGUAGUAACUCAGCCCAAAACAGCGAAACAAGAAGCUGUUUUUGUUGAUUUGCUCGAACGGACUCUCGGUAUGAUGAAAACAGAGAUAGCAAAGUAGUGAUUACUUGAAGACUGACUGUCAAAUGCCAGGGUCUAUUAUCUUUUAAUCUGAACAUUUCAAUUUAUUCCAAAUUGUCCAUUUCUAUGUCACCAAAUAACUAUUUUGGGUAUCAACGUAAUUUGAAGUCACAAUUCAAGUGAGAACACUGCAUUAAAGCAUUUUUCUUGGUAAGGUGUCUAAAAUUUAAGUUACACCAGUUCUUGUGUGUGUUUUUCUGGUCUCAAAAAUUUUGGAACGGCAUUGCCAACCUCUCCAGGGUGUUUUUUACUAUAUCAGUUUGAUAUGUAUUUCUUUUUAUAAAAGAAUCAUUGUACACCAAUUUUUUUGGUGCUAUCCAAAGAUCACAGAGGACCAAAUUAUUGUGAUAAUCAUAACUUUGUGUUCAG